AGUCUGCCAAGUGGCUGCCUUUCUUUUUCCUUCAUUAUUAUAACUUUUCCCAUUGCCAAGACUUCCGAAACGGUUGCAAAUCAUCACGGAGAAACAUAGGCCUCCUCCGGCAUCUUCCUCUCACAAACUUUAUUUACACAUUAUUUUUUCUUUUCUUUCUCUCUUUAGAAAAAAAAAGUUUCAAAUAUUCUCUCUCCCUUUCUCUUCUUUUUUUAAUUUCUGUAGGACCUUUUAUUAUUAUUAUUAUUAGCAUUCUUUUAUUCAAUUACUUGUGCGAACUAAUAAGAAGAAGAAGAGGAAGAAGAAGCAGCAGCAACACCAUAGACAACUAAAACAAGAAGCUUGGCUAUUUUUGGAGUUCAAUUGGGCCGUUUGCGAAUUCGAGGAAGGUUCGUGAUUUGGGGUGGUGGGUCGGUUUGAAACUUGGACUGGACACACCUACAGGAGUUGGAUGUUCAGAAUUUAGUUUAAAAAGUUGCAGAGGCUGUUGAGUUCUUUUUAUGGAUAGGUUAUGUUGUUUCAACUCUCAUCUUGUAGGAGUGCGUUCCUCCUCUAGCUCUGGUAAAGGAAGAAGCCAUGACGGGGUAAUAAAGUAUGGUUUCAGCCUAGUAAAAGGGAAGGCUAAUCAUCCGAUGGAGGAUUAUCAUGUUGCUAAAUUUAUGCAGAUUAAGAGACAUGAAUUAGGGCUGUUUGCCAUAUAUGAUGGCCAUUUGGGAGAUACUAUUCCUGCCUACCUACAGAAAAAUUUGUUUUCCAACAUCCUAAAGGAGGAAGAAUUUUGGGUUGACCCCCAGAGAUCUAUCAUAAAGGCCUAUGAGAAGACAGACCAGGCAAUUCUCUCACACAGCUCUGACUUGGGGCGGGGUGGGUCCACAGCUGUAACUGCAAUUUUGAUAAACGGACAAAAAUUAUGGAUAGCCAAUGUUGGAGAUUCCCGAGCAGUUCUCUCAAGAGGGGGCCAGGCAAUACAGAUGACUAUAGAUCAUGAGCCAAACACUGAGCGAGGCAGUAUUGAGAACAAAGGCGGUUUUGUCUCAAACAUGCCAGGAGACGUCCCUAGAGUCAAUGGACAGCUGGCAGUUUCUCGUGCUUUUGGAGACAAGAGCCUUAAAUCACAUUUGCGAUCUGACCCAGACAUACAAAAUGCCACUAUAGAAAAUACUGAGAUUCUAAUCCUUGCUAGCGACGGUCUUUGGAAGGUAAUGGCUAAUCAAGAAGCAGUUGACAUUGCAAGAAAGAUCAAGGAUCCACAGAAGGCGGCUAAACAAUUAACAACUGAAGCAUUGAAAAGAGACAGUAAAGAUGAUAUUUCUUGUGUUGUUGUUAGAUUUAGAGGGAUGCCAGUUUAUGGUCAGACCGCCAACAAAUAGAUACCGGGUUGGGGUAAUGCAUUCUUAAUUUUCAGAAAUGUGGAAUUUGUCUAAG